AUGGCAGUGGUUGCAGCGUCCCAAGAUGGAGGCAACCUGGGGAAUCCUGUGUUGGUAGAUGGGGAGUCAGGUGUAGUAGGUCCUUCAGGAGAGCAGCAGGCCCUGUGUGGCGCUCUGGUACAGGUUUUGCAAAAUAAAGUUAACUUGGAGAAGGUCAAACUCUCUUCUCAGAAGUUCCUACAUAGUGCUAAUGAGUAUCUUUUUCAAAAGCCUUCAGAAAGUGAGAGUGAUCACAAUGUGUGGAAUGCCUGUGCUGCCUUGAAAAGAGACAGUUGGAACAGUGAUGAUGAAGAGUCUGCAGGGACAUCAAAGACUGACUCUCCUGAACCUCCUGAUACACAAGACAUUGUUUCUGAAGGGGAGCUAACUGAGUUGGCUCAGAUUCGACCAUUAAUAUUCAACUUUAAUGAGCGAUCAGCCAUCGAGACUUGUUUGAAAGUGCUUGAAAAAAAAGUAGCAGAAAAUGGUACCACUCAGGAGUUUAUGGAUUUGGAACUUAAGAAUCUUCCUGGUGAGUUCAACUCCGGGAAUGAACCAUUGAACAGAGAAAAAAACAGAUACAGAGAUAUUCUUCCAUAUGAUUCAACACGUGUUCCUCUUGGAGAAAGCAUGGACUACAUUAAUGCUAGUUAUAUUAGAAUAGUCAAUCAUGGAGAAGAGUAUUUUUAUAUUGCUACCCAAGGACCACUGCCAAACACCACAGAUGACUUCUGGCAAAUGGUUUUGGAAAAUAAUUCUGAUGUUAUUGCCAUGAUAACCAGAGAUAUGGAGGAUGGAGUUAUCAAAUGCUGCAAUUAUUGGCCCAUUUCUCUGAAGAAGCCUUUGGAAUUGACACACCUUCGUAUCUUCCUGGAGAAGUACCAGAUAUUUAAAUAUUUCAUCAUUCGAGUAUUUCAAAUUGUGAAGAAGUCCACAGGAAUUAGUCACUCUGUAAAACACUUGCAGUUCACCAAGUGGCCAGACCAUGGCACUCCUGCUUCAGCAGAUUAUUUCAUAAAAUUUGUUCGCUAUGUGAGGAAGAGCCACCGUACAGGACCCAUAGUGGUUCACUGUAGUGCUGGUGUAGGCCGAACAGGGGUAUUCAUAUGUGUGGAUGUUGUAUUCUGUGCCAUCGAAAAGAACUUUUCAUUCAGCUUUGAAAAUAUAGUGACCCAAAUGAGAGAACAACGUCAUGGCAUGAUUCAAACGAAGGAACAGUAUCAAUUUUGCCAUGUAAUUGUGCUUGAAGUUCUUCAGAAACUUCUGAGUUUGAAUUAAGAAAGACUUCUGUUAACCUCUUACUUGAAAUUAC